AUGGAAACGGAAUAAAUUAGCAAAUCAUUUACUUAUAUUCCCACUGAAGAAGAAAAACAAAAAGAUCGAGAAAAAUAAUUUUUACAUCCCAAACUUAAAUGGAUUGCUAUAAUCCUAGCAUUACUUUCAGUUAUUCUCUAUUCAAUUGGGUUCGUAUAAUUUACCACAUUUUAAGAGCAUUUAUCCAAAUCCAUUUUGAAUUAGACUCAACAGCCCUUUAUUUGAUUGCCUCUCUAUGUUUAUUGCCUCUAAUCUACUGCUUAUUUAAAGUGUGUAAAAAACAAUAAGAUUUGUGA